CGACAAUUAUCACCAUUCCCACUUUGGCGGCGGAAUUCGUCCUUCACGAGCCCAUUCGCGGGAAACGCAGCUGAAGAGAUUUGCGAUUUACAAGAUACGAGCUGCUGUUCCGAUGGAUUUGGAAUGCUCUUCCGUUGUAAGCAUCGCUAAUGGGGAGCGAAACGAAAGCGUCGUCGUCAAGUCAACGAGACUGACAAGCUCAUCGAAUAUUUACGUCAAUCAAAUCAGCUCAAUUAAAUUCCAAGCUGCAACCGUUGUUUCCACUUCGAGAAGAAAACCUCGAACGACGACGACGACGACGACCGAUAAGAACCAUCAACGGCAAGGGCAUCCAUCGGUCAGAGCCCCCACCUCCUCCUCCUCCAGUAGCCAUCGGAAAAACAAUCAUCGACACGGCUUCAGCCCAACAACGGCCACUUCCUCCCCUUCCACCGACGCUGAAUCUAAUCGCAACGAGUUAAUGCUAAUUGAUCCGAGCGAGUUGUCGGAUUUAUCGACCCCCUGGCAGGAAGGAAGCUCCGAAGAGUUUUUCGAGCGCGACCAAGGAGAUGGGGCGGAAAAGCUGCUCUGGGGUGGUGAAAAACGGUUCGUUCGUGAAGCAACAUUCUCGCAGUCGGAGGAGGAGGAGGAUCUGGGUGAAGGAAGAUUGAUUUGUCCGGAGCUAGGGCCGCACAGGGAGCAGGUUAAGGCGGAAUCGAUCCGGAGCUAUUUCGGCGGAGGAAGCAGAACUCGAUUGCGGCACUGCCCACGCGAGGAAGGACUGCUGUGCCUGGAGGCACCUGUUGAGGUGGCUGUGGCGUACAAAUACGAAAUUCAAUUAACAUAUUCGCUGGAUCGUGUUGCACCGAUCGAACCGCCGGAAAGCCGCACCACCCACCACCGGAAUCGCAUUAAAAUUACAAACAUCAUUAGCAGCUUCCACGGACCGAUGGUGAACGAAAGCUCUUCGGUGGGCAGCAGCACCAGAAAAAGGACACCCAUCGCCACCACCCAAAUGGGCAACAUAAUGCUACUGGAACUGGCACUGGUCAAUUUGGGUCACCAGCAGCAGCAGCAGCAGCAGCAGCAGCACCGCCGGAGCGAAUUAGUGCGGGUCAAUAUUGACACCGAUUGUUUGUCGUACCUGAGUUCGAUCGCGGCGGAAAAAUCUAUUGCGGCCCAAAAAUCGAUGGACGUUCGGCUUUGGCCGGACCGGCUGCGGACCGUGCGGUUCCAGUUUCGGAUUAAUGCGACAGCGGUUGCCGGUCAUAAUUUGGAGUUUCCAUGCACUGCCACGGUAGCGUUGGUCCGCAGUCAGCCAUUCAAAAAUCCAACCCGUUCUCGUCGCUAUAGCAGCAGCAACGACGACCAAGACGACGACGACGACAACCACGAGCAGCAGGAGCAACAACAACAAAAACCCAACUCCCGGAUUGUCGUUGUAGCGGAGCGGAAAUUUUUAAUUAAACCCGGAGCACGUUGUGUCUGCUCGGAUUUCGCAUGCCGAUGCACUUGUCUGCUAGGGAUGGUCUCACCGAUGACGGCGGAAUCGCAAUCGACACCUGGUGCAGUGGCCACUAGUGCCGUCACUGAUGGCUCUUGUCAGAUGGUUAUUACCUUUGGAGGAGCGGUAGGAACUGCUACUACCGGGGAUCAUCACCAUCAUCAUCGGAGGAGUGGCUUUUGGCACUGGAUUUGCGUGCUGUUGAUGCUGGUAGUGGUGGUGCUGGUUUUCCUGGGAUGCAUCAAAGCUGUUCUGGGUUGCUGCUGCGCCAAGAUCGGGAGGUGGAGAUAUGACUUUUUGCAACCGACGGUGCGGUACAAGGAUGCUUCCAGUUAUCGAAGAUUUCUGAUAAACCUCAUCUUCUUCCUGGUGUAUCCGUGCGUGCUGUGCUGUCGUUGUUUUGAGCGUCCUGGCGAGGCAGACGGGCGGCGCGGUGGAGACUGCGCCGACGAGGAACGGGAUCACUUGCUUCAGCAGCAGGGAUUACUCCAGGGAGCAAUGGUGGUUCAGAGGCAGAUGCAACCAUCAACAACCACCGUCACCAGCAGCACAGAUGAAGACGAACCGGACGAGGACAUUCUCGGCGAUGGGUGGGACUCGGGUGGUGCACGAGCUUGGAGCAGCAACAACAACGGAACUACCGAUGACGAGUUAUCCAAACUGUUGACGAUGCAGGGGAUGCAGCAAUCGUCCGACGGUGGUGAGGGUAGUGGUCGGAGCGCGUACUACAACAACACGGAAGACGAAGACAACGAUACGAAGUUUGUGCUGGAUGUGAUGAAUCGAAGCCGGAAGUCAUUGCAAACGUUAAGUGCAGCAUCCGAGUCCGAGCCACAACGGCCAGAAUCCGGGCAGCAGGGGCAGAAGGAAGAGCACCAACUAGCAGCGGACCAGCUGGUUCGGGAGCUGUUGCAGGCCAAGAUUGUCUACCGGCGGUUGGAUCAUGCUUGCGGUCAGGUGCUGAUGGAACCGGAUCAACCGUACUCGAUUCAGGGAUACUUUAUAGCGAUCGACCGCGGGAGGUAUCAAUUUUUUACCCACGCACUGCUGAGGCAGUUUUGGGUGGCCCGCCGCACGGAUGAGGAGGAGGAGAGAACCGUAUCGAAGAGCAGCAUUCCGGUAAGAAGUUUGAUUUCCAACAGUUUCACAAUGACUUACCUUUCCAAGGUGGACGUUUUUCGGCAGAACGACCUUUCUGUCAGGCCCGACAAAGAGGCACCCUGUGUGAAUGUUGAGUAUCUUUGAGGUUUCUGGGACGGUGAGAAUUUACGAUUGAAACAUGUCCGCUUGUCAGGAUUUUUUAUUUAUUGCUAUCGUUCAAAUACUUCCUAAUAUGACUAGGUCAUUCAGUGUUCCAUCGGAGGAAAUUUGUAACCGCGUGUGUUCCUAAUUGUUCACCUUAAAUUGGUAUCUGUUUCUAUGUAUUACUACUGGUACUCCUUAAUUGUAAUAUUCUACUCUUCCACCGAUCGUCCAUUGUUGUUUGUUUGAUCUACUUUAAAAUACACAUUCGCCACCGAUGAUUCUUUUUUUCUGUUUUGGCACUACCUUUGAUUUUGAUUUCAACAUUGUCUUCGUAGAUUUUGCAUAGUCAUCGCGUAUUAAUUUGGCUUGAGGGAUUGUUUAGCUCGGUAUAAUGACUGCUUGGUAUAAGAUCUUCUCAACUAAAUACUGGAAAUGGCAUCGUAGUUUGUUCGAAAAAGCUUGAACUUCUCUAGAGUUCCCUGAACUUAUCCAAACAGCCCCUGAAGUGAGGGUCUAUGACCUCCUCUACGUCCCAAACUUAUGUGCAGUUCCUUGAACUUUUUUGAAGUUCUCUGAACAUCUCUGAAGUACAUUGCACUGUUUUGAGUUGCCCUGAACAACAUUCAUUGAACUCAUCUUUGCUCUCCCGAUUAUACUUUAGGCUCUCUUAGGUUCCCUGAGCUCUCUUGUGUUUCGAAAGCUUCUCUUUGUUGAUUUUUUUCUGAAGUAACAUCUCUGAGAUAUCCAGAGAAAUAUGGCAACAUAUUGGGGGUGCAAUUUCAAUAAACCAAAAUCGCCCACGUCACGAAAAGUGGUCAGGCUUUGACCACUUGUAACUCUGUCAAUAGCGAAUGGAUUUUAAUUUUUAAUAAGCCAAUCGAUUGGAAAGUUUUCUGCGAAUCUGCUAAAAUGAACACUUUAUCAUUUUUCAAUAGGUCACUAUUGAAAAUUACACAAAUUUACAACUGUUGCAAUGGUGAUCAACAUUAUCAACAACCGAUUGCCUAACACAGUCGCCGAAUAUUGAUACUGAGCACGUCAAAUCUACGGUCGUGUCUUGGAUACAACCUCUCACUUUUUCCUGAGGUCCCGGAUGAAUGCUCUUAGAAUUUACGGUAGAACUCCUCCAGAAUUCACGGUGGAAUUCUCCUUGAACGCAAGGAGGAAUUCUCCUGAAACUCACGGAGGAAUUCUCCCAAAAUUACCAGAAGAAUUAUUCCACAAAUUUCCCAAAAAAAUCAGAUGCAUUCUCUUGGAAUUUCCGAAGCGAUUCUCCCAGAAUUCCCGUUGGAAUUCUUCUAGAAUUCACGGAUGAAUUUUACUAUAAUUCCUGAGGGAAUUCUCCCUCAACUCUCGGAGAAUUUUUUCAGAGAAUUCUGGAAGAAUUCCCCCGUAAUUAUCUGGGGAAUUCUCACAGGGUAUUCGAACAAAUUUUUCUGAAAUUCCAAAGACAUUUCCCCCCCAUUUAUCGUGAUUUAUUUCCUUAACACCUAAGGCGAAUGGGGUUCUUCAGGGGUAUUGAAGUAAUUGCAUAUUCGUAUUCUACAUGCCAAAUGGAACCGAAACCCAAUAUUUCAUCAGUUAUGGAGCACUGGAACUAUUUUAAUUAAGUGUGAUUACAUUAACGCCCCUCGGUGGUACUUCGCGUGUUCUCAAUUUGUUAGUUUUGCGUCAAACAGUGAAGUGGUUAUUUUGCUUUAAAUCUUGAUUGUGCUCAGAGUAACCGAUGUAUUUUUCAAAAUUAAAGAACCCAAUUCACCCAGAAUAUCCAUAGAAAAUUAUUCGGAAUUUUUCAGAAAAUAACCUCCCAGAAAUCAGACAUGAAAUCCCCCAGAACUCUUCCAGUAUUCUCAACUCUCUGGAGAUUCCUGUAGUAUUUCAGCAUUCCCGGAUGAAUUCUCCUUCUCGGUAUUUUUCUGAAGUCCCAGAGAAAUUCUCUCUGAAUAUCCAGGGGAACACCUCAAAAAUUCACGGUGGAAUUCUCCAAGAUCGCAUGGGAGAAUAGUCCCUGAAUUCCUGGUUAUUCUAUAAUUUCCACAGAAAUUCUAAAAAAUAUGCACGCUUCCUGGAGGAAUUCUCUCUCAAUUCCUGGAGUAAUUCUCCCAGAACUCCUCAGGGAGUUCUCCAAAAAUUGACGGGGGAAAUUUUCUACAAUUUCUAAGUGAAUUCUCCCACAAUUCACGAAUGGAUUGUUCCGCACUCUCGCAGGGUUUCUUAAGAAGUCCUUAACAUUAUUCUAGAGCUUCCGGAGCCAUUCUCCCAGAUUUUCCCCGCAAUUAUACUUAGCGACUUCACCAAUAAUUUCCAGUCAUUCUUAAUUUCUUUCAGAUAAAACUCUCCCAGAAAUCGGGAAUAAAUUCUCUCAGAACUCUUCCAGCAUUUUGAACUCUCGGAAAAUUAUUGCAAUAUUUUCCGGUUAAUUCUCACGGAACUCUCGGGCGAAUUCUUUCUGUAUUAGUGGGGAUAAUAUUCCAGCAUUCCCAGAAGAAUUCUUCCUGAUGUCAACAGAGGAGUUCUCUCAAAAUAUCCAGUAGAACUCUUCCAAAAUUCACGGUGGGAUUCUCCUGAAUCUCAUGGGAAAAUUCUCCCUGAAUUCCUGGUUAUUCUGAAAUUUCCGCGGAAAUUCCCAAAAAAGCUUCCACACUUCCUGGAGAAAUUUUCCCAUUAAUUCUACCAGAACUUCCAGGUGCGUUUUGUUGAAUACCCCAAAGAAAUUCUCCCAGAAUUUCCCAUGGAAUUCAAUUUCCAUUCAUUCUGAAUGUUUAAGACGAAACUCUCCCAGAAAUCGGGAAUACAAUCACUAAAAACUCUUCAAGCAUUUUGAACUCUCUCCAGAAUGAUUCCCUGGGAAAAGUCUUUUAAAAUAAGAAUAAAUGGGAGAUUUUUCCCAUAGCUUCUCGUGGGAAUUCACCAAGAAUUUCCCGGUGGAACUCUUCCACAAUUUUCGUUAAAAUUCUUCCCGAAAUUCCGAGAAUAUUUUAUACUGAUGCGACAGGAUUUUUUUUCCCAAGGCGAAUUCACCAAGAAUUUCCAUAGGGAUUUUUUUCCGAAUGUUCCAGAAAAAACUCUCCUAGUAUUUAGGAACGAAAUCUCCCAGAGUUCUUCCAGCAUUCUCCAAAGGAAAUUUCCUAUAAAAUUCAUCCAGAAUUCCAGAAUGAUUCCCUGGGAAAAGUAUAUUCCGGAUGCAGUAUAUUCCGGAUAAUUUCCACCGGACUACCGGGAGAAUUUUUUCUCAAUUACCUGGGAUAGUAUUUCAGCAUUCCCGGAUGAAUUCUCCCAGAAUUCACGGUGAAAUUUCCGCGACAAUUCCCAAAACACUUCCACACUUCCUGUAGAAAUUUUCGCGCAAUUGCCAGGGUAAUUCGACCAGAACUUUCAGAUGCGUUCUCUUGGAAAUUCCAAAGUAAUUCUCCCAAAACUCGCCAUUGAAUUCUUCUACAAUUCCUAAGUGAAUUCUCUCACAAUUCUCGCAUGAGUUGUCCCGCAUUCUCGCAGGGUUUCUUAAGAAGCUCUUCUGAAAUUCCCGGCAACAUUCCCCUAGAGCUCACGGAGCCAUUCUACCAGAUUAGUUGAGCAUCCCUAGCGAAUUCACCAAUAAUUUCCAUUCACUCCGGAUUUUUCAGAGACAAAACCCUCCCUUAAAUCUGGAAUAAAAUCUCUUAGCACUCUUCCAGCAUUUUCAACUCUCUGGGAAUUGUGGCUGAAUUUUCGGGAAAAUCUCGGGAUAAUUCAUUCUGAAUUACCGGGGAUAAUAUUCCAGCAUUCCCGAAUUCUCCCAAAAUCUCUCACAGUACUUCCAGCAUUCUCAAUAGGAAAUUUCCUUCCUUCCUUCAACCAGAAUCCCAGAAUGAUUUCCAGGGGAACUCCGAGGGAAUUUUCCCAUAACUUCUUGUGGGAAUUCACCAAGAAUUUCCCGGUGGAACUCUUCCACAAUCCCACAAUCUACCCGAAAUUCCGAGGACAUUUUUAACUGAUGUGACAGGAUUUUUUCCCCAAAUAUCCCAGGCGAAUUCACAAACAAUUUCCAUAUGGAUUUUUUCCCGAAUGUUCCAGAGAAAAUUCUAACAGCAUUCAGGAACGAAAUCUUCCAGAUUUCUUCCAGCAUUCUCAAAAGGAAAUCUCCUAUAAAAUUCAUCCAGAAUCCCAGAAUGAUUCCCAGGGAAAAGUUUCUUACAAUAAGAAUGAAUGGGGAAUUUUGUUCAUAGCUUGUCGUGGGAAUUCACCUAGAAUUUCCAGGGGAAAUUCUCCCAAAAUUUCCGUUAAAAUUCAUCCUGAAAUUCCGAAGACAUUUAAUCAGAUCUACCGGGAUUUUUCCCCAAAUAUUUCAGGUGAAUUCACCUAGAAUUUCCAAAGGGAUUUCAGAGAAAAUUCUCCUAGCAUUCAAGAACAAAAUCUCUAAGAAUUCUCCCAGCAUUCUCAAUAGGAAAUGUCCUAGAAAAUUCUACCAGAAUUUCAGAAUAAGAUUCUUCAAAUCUCUGAAGGAAUUUUCUCAUAACUUCUCGUGGGAGUUCACCGAAAAAUUCCCGAAGGUCUUCUCCCAAAAUUUCUGUUAGAAUUCUCUCAGAAAUUGCGGGACA